GUUUGGCCCCUGAGAUAAGCCCGGAAGAUCACCAGGUCAACGCUGAGGGGUUUGAAUGCGGGGCAGAAUGCUCCCUGGGUGUCAGCUAAAAACUUUGGAAGAGGGAAAUGACGCGACGCGUCCAAUCGUCCCUUUUCUUGGAACACAACAUCAAUUCGCAUUGAGCAGAGUGAGAUGGCAAUGAUUGCAUCCCACACGGAGGUUGAAGUAUACCCGCUACUCACACGGUAGCCUAUCAUGCCAUGACAGGAGCUCAACCACCACCAAACAAUAUCCCAAACAAUAUCUAUCCGCAGUACUGUUUUCAUCUAUCCCCGACCAUCAAUCGGUGGUGUCCCCUCAGAGCAGCCGAUAUCCAGGCUCUGGAGAAGCACCCCGGCUUUGAAGGUCAGGAUCUGUACUUCCACGACAACCACCCGAUCAAAUGGGUCCGAAUCGUGGGGAUAGUCGUCGCCAUCGACGAAUAUGCGGCCCGACGCAUAUACACGGUGGAUGACAGCAGCGGCGCGACCAUCGAAUGUGUUGUAAACAUUACUCAGCUAAACACUCCAGGGCCCCCAGCGCUGGCACGACAGAAAGACGCGAAGGCUACAGCAGCCUCGGCCUCGGCCUCUACCUCGGCAGCGACUACAAAGCCUGAUAUCGAUGCCGACAUCGACGUUGGAGACAUUCUAGACGCCAGAGGCAGCAUCAGGCUUUUCAGGAACGCCAAACAAGUCCGGGUGGAGAAGAUCAUUCAUCUUCGGUCUACGGAGCAGGAAAUGCGAUUCUGGAACAAGCUCACACAGUUCCGCAUGGACGUCCUGAACACGCCCUGGGCUCUGGACAAGCGGGAGGUUCGGCGCUGCCGAAAGGAGGCUGAAGGGCAGGAUGAAGUGGAGGGCAGGAAGCGGAGGAGGCGCAGAGCUGCCGAGGCCGAGAGGUCGAGUAGGGGACCAGCAGGAAACGGCACCAUCAAGUGCGAUGAUGAUGAUUCUUCCCGCAGGUCCAAAACUACGGGGCUGGAGAAGAGGGCAAGGCGAGGCCCCAAGAUUAUUCGGGUGGAAGGCAAAUACGGCGCCCUGGGCAUCUGAUCUAGACUAUUGACUAUUCAAGGUUCCAUUCCUUACUCCACCACGUUGGAAUGGCGCUCAGGGGGGAAAUGGAAGGUUGGUGAAGUGAUUGUAUCCUUGGGUAAGGUGCAGGUUGCUGUGUCACCGACUUGAGGAACAACAUCUCACGAAUUGCCGAGAUCUCCUUUUUGGGC